AUGGCCAGUUGGAUUUUGUCAGAAUGCGGCUUAAGACCCCUCCCCAUAAUCAGAUUCUAUUCAAAACCCAGACCUUCAAUUCCUUCAAACACCAACAACAAUGGCCUAAAGGUCAGAACUGUACCUGGUUCUUCUCCAUUCAAGGUCUCUACUUGGUGUAGAAAGAGGAGCUUUGUGGGUUCUUUAAAUGUGAUUGCUCCUUUGGAGGUUGUUGAGACCAUUAAUGGGGUUGAAGAUGAUGAUGAUGAUGGGGGAUUUGAUCGUGCUGUGCCACUUCUUUUCAACCUGACCGACAUCAGGGCGGUUAUACCGAAGCAUUGUUGGGUUAAGGAUCUAUGGAGAUCCAUGAGUUAUGUUUUGAGAGAUGUUGUUGUCUUUGGUUUGUCUGUUGUUACUUCUUAUUUUAACAACUUGCUUGUUUGUCCUCUUUAUUGGGUUGCUCAGGGAACCAUGUUCUGGGCUCUUUUUGUUCUUGGUCAUGACUGUGGACAUGGUAGUUUCUCCAACAACACGUCAUUGAACAGUGUUGUUGGUCAUCCUCUUCAUUCUUCCAUCCUUAUCCUAUACCAUGGAUGGUUAAGAAUCAACCAUAGAACACAUCAUCAAAAUCACGGACAUGUCAAAACCGACGACGCGUGGCAUCCGUUGUCUGAGAAAAUUUACAAGAGUUUGGAUAAUGCAACUAGAUUACUGAGGUUCACCUUGCAUUUUCCCAUGCUUGCUUAUCCAAUCUAUCUGUGGAGUCGAAGUCCUGGGAAUAGUGGUUCACAUUUCGAUCAGGGGAGCGAUUUGUUCGAUCCAAAUGAAAAAAUAGAUAUAAUCACCUCCACUACCUGUUGGGCAGCAAUGGUUGGUUUGCUUAUGUAUUUAUCUUUUGCAAUGGGGCCAACUCAGUUGCUUAAGCUUUACGGAAUUCCAUACUGGAUAUUCUUCAUGUGGCUCGACUUGGUAACUUACCUACACCACCACGGCCACGACGAGAAGUUUCCGUGGUACCGAGGAAAGGUUUGGAAACUGUUUUAG